AACAGUCACUAUCUCAGCAUAGAGAACCGAUCACAGACUUGACCUUUGAAUUCAUCCAAAUUCCCGGCUCCCAAUUCUCAGCUCUUUUAAGUGCCUGGCUCCAGGAAGUGUGCAUGGAUUACCAGGGUUCUUUCCUAGAGGAGGACAGCACCCUGAUCCGCUUUGCUUUGGACAAAAACAAGAAAGCCAAAGGCUCAGGUGAAAUUACUCAACUGCUCACUAGCCUCUGUACUGCCGUCAAAAUCAUUUCCUGUGUUGUGCGUAAAGCAGGAAUAAUCCAACUUUAUGGAAUUGCCCAGCCAACAAAUACGAUGAAUGAACACGUUAAGAAAUUGGAUGUCUUCUCCAACGAGCUGAUUAUUAACACGUUAAGAUCAUCCUUUGCCACAUGUGUCCUUGUGUCAAAAGAAAAUACAAGUGCCAUAAUAAUAGAACCGGAAAAAAGAGGAAAAUACGUGGUUUGCUUUGAUCCUCUGGAUGGUAUUUCUAACACUGACUGCCUUGGACCCAUUGGCAGUAUUUUUGCCAUUUAUAGAAGGACAUCAACUGGUGAGCCUUCUCAGGACGAUGCUCUGCAGCCUGGUCGGAAUAUAGUAAGCUCUGGGUAUGCUCUAUAUGGCAGUGCCACAGUGAUAGUGAUCGCUACAGACUCUGGGGUAAAUUGCUUUAUGCUGGAUCCAGAUAUUGGGGAAUUCAUUUUAGUCAAUAAAGAUAUCCAGAUCAGGAGCAGAGGUAAUAUCUAUAGUAUCAAUGAAGGCUAUACCAAGGAUUAUGAGCCUGCUGUCUUAGAGUACCUCCAUGAAAAAAAAUUCCCUCAGGACAAUACAGCUCCCUAUACAGCAAGAUAUGUGGGUUCCAUGGUUGCAGAUGUACACAGGACCUUGGUGUAUGGAGGAAUCUUUUUGUAUCUAGCCAAUGAAAUGUGCCCCCAAGGAGAGCUGAGGCUCAUCGAUGAGUGUAACCCAAUGGCCUUCAUCAUAGAAAGAGCUGGUGGACUGGCUACCACAGGAAAGGAGUCAGUACUGGAUAUUGUUCCUACUGAAAUCCAUCAGAAAAUACCCCUGAUUUUGGGGUCUCCUGAGGAUGUGAAGGAGUUCUUGAAGAUUUAUAAGAAGCAUGCUGAGAAAUGAAAAGACUGUCACUCUAAAAAAAUUGCCAAAGAUCACACCACAUCCUGUGACUCUGACCAUGAAUGCUCAAGUUUUCAGGGCUAAGCAAUACUCAAAUGCCAGAUAUUUCCCACUAUCCUUCCAAACAUAGCAUAAAGUCUUGAGCAAACUAACCAAAAUGCCAUUUCUAUUAUAACACAAAUAGCUAAGAUAUUUGAAAGGCAGGAGGGACAAUGGAAAUAAAUGUUAUUCCUUUCAAAUAAAA